AUGCGUUCUUUCGCCCUCGCGUCGCUCGCCGUCUCCUCGCUCGCACUCUUCGCCGUUGCCUCGCCCGAGCCCUGUUCCGACCAUCCCGGCGUCGUCCACAAGCCCGGCGAGUCCACCGUCCCGGAGGUCGCCAAGCUCGCCCUCCCGAAGAAGCACAAGUCGUCAACGUCCUCAAAGCACAAGUCGUCCUCCUCGCACGCGUCCAAGCCCAACUCGGCAAAGCACGUCGCAUCGACGCACAAGUCCUCGCACAAGAAGACGUUCAAAGAGCGCACGAAGCCUAAGCCUGCAUGGGCGAAGAGCACCAAGGCCGUCCAGAAGAAGCCUACUCCGAAGGUCAAGAACGCCUCCGCUCAGACGAUUGCUCAGGGCGCUAGCAAGGCCAUCUCGUCGUUCUCGAACGCUUCGUACAUCCCGCCCGAGGCUGCUGGCAAGCUCACGGAUGCCCUUUCGAGCGCUAUCGACAAGCAGCUUGGCCACACGAGCGCGGCGGUCAUCACGCACACUCGCACGUCCGUCCACCUCGCUACCAAGGUCGCCGAAGCGACUCGAACGAUCACGGUCGCCAACUCGACGAUCAAGGUCCCCGAGCCUACUACUCUCGUGCAGACCGUCACGCAGAACGUGACGCAAGUCCAAACCUCGACGCUCAUCACGACCUCGGACGCUGUUGCCGCCUCGCUUGACAUCAAGAAGGCGCUCGAGGAGGCUUUCGCUGCGGCCAACCUCAGCCAGAGCGACCUUGGCAAGUCGACGACGCAGGCGCUCGAAGCAUGCCUCGCCGAGGUCCUCUCGUCGGGCGGUCUCCCCGCUGGCUACUCGUGCUUGACUCAGUCAGGCAGCGACAGCGCCGGCCUUCAGUCGACGCUGAACACGAUUCUUGAGCAGUUCGUCGGCAUCCUUCCGAACACCAUCCUCUCCGCCGUCUUCGACUCGGUUACUCCCCUCCUCGGCAGUCUCCUUCCCGCAUCCGAGCAGGCCCUCGUUGCGCAGAUCCAGUCGUCGAUUCAGUCGGUCAUCGCAUCGCUCUCUGGCAACUCCGUCACCGCGCUCGAGCAGAUCUCGGCUUGCUACACCGACGCCAUCCAGCAGGCCGGCAACUCGUCGUCGCUUGCCUGCUUCACCAAGAAGGGCGGCGCGUACGACACCCUCGAGACCAUGUCCAACUCGGUGCUUGAGCAGUUCGUUGGCGUCCUUCCUGCGUCGUUGACGACGGCUGUCGAGAACAUCUUCACUUACAACCUGGCCAAUGCGACGAAGGGUAGCGACCAGCUCGCCGCGUCCGUUUCGGCGCAGAUCUCGAACGCCAUCAACUCGGUUUCGUCGUCAUUGUCCGGCAACGCCGUCACGCUUUCCGAGGUCCUCCAGCAGUGUGCUGCCGAGCUCAUCAAGACCGGCAACGCGACCGCCGCGCAGGAAUGCGUCACCUCGACCAAGGCUCCGCAGAUCUCGUCGACCGUGAUCCUUUCGAUCGCCCAGCAGUUCGACGGCUACCUCCCCUCCAGCUUCUUCACCGACCUCGUCGACUACUCCGCGCCGCUCAUCAACUCGUACCAGAACAAGCACAACCUUACGCAAGCCCAGCUCAACUCGGACCUCGAGUCCUACUUCAACAAUGCGACGUCGUACGGCGCGGCGUACGUUACGUGCCUCUCGCAAGUCCAGCAGUGUGUCACCAACGCUGUCGUCAAGAGCGGCACGAUCGACGCCGUCUGCCCUGGACCGGUCAAGGGCUGCGACCUCCCGAAGAGCGACUCGAAGCGCAUGGUCAGGCGCAGCGUCGACCGUCACUUUGGCUUUGCCGGUCGCAUCCGCGACGUCACGUUCCGUCGUCGGUAG